AAGAAAUGGCUUCGCCCGGGUUCGAACCGGAGACCUUCAGUGUGUUAGACUGACGUGAUAACCAACUACACCACGAAACCCUUGGAUGGUGUUUUAUCUCUAGUUAAACACUUUAUUAUUUUACCGCGGCAGAGGUUACGUUUUCAUAUAGGUCACGUUAUCCAACCGCAUAAGAACAAAACAGCGGGAAAAUGGAACAAAACCAGAAUCGCAUAGCGGGAAAAUUUUCCUUUUUCGCUUCAAAUAUAUAUAUAUAUAUUCUGUGAAAUCACAAAAUUCUAAGUUUCAAAUCGAAAAUGGCGAAGAAGAACAAAGCUAGGUUUUCCGACGACGAAGAAGAAAUCGAGGCUCAAAAUGAAACAAGCCUCUACCAGGUUCUUGGUGUGGAGAGAACAGCGACUCAGCAGGAAAUCAAGAAGGCGUACCACAAGUUAGCUUUGCGUCUUCAUCCUGAUAAGAACCCUGAUGAUCAGGAAGCUAAAGAGAAAUUCCAGCAGCUGCAGAAAGUUAUCUCGAUUCUCGGGGAUGAAGAGAAACGGGCCGUGUAUGAUCAAACUGGCUGUGUUGAUGAUGCUGAUCUUGCUGGAGAUGUUGUUCAGAAUCUUCAUGACUUUUUCAGAACAAUGUACAAGAAGGUCACUGAGGCUGAUAUUGAGGAGUUUGAAGCUAAUUAUAGGGGAUCUGACUCGGAGAAAAAAGAUUUGAUUGACCUAUACAAGGAGUGCAAGGGUAAAAUGAACAAGCUUUUCUGUUCGAUGCUUUGUUCAGAUUCUAAACUUGACUCACACCGAUUCAAGGAUAUUCUCGAUGAGGCUAUAGCUGCUGGAGAACUAAAGGCAACAAAAGCAUAUGAGAAAUGGGCUAAAGAAGUAUCUGAAACCAAACCACCUACAAAUCCUUUAAGGAGGGGGAAUAAGUCAAGUAAGCAGUCUGAAACAGACCUGCAUGCAAUCAUAGCACAACGCCGAAACGAGAGGAAAGGCCAGUUUGAUUCAAUGUUUUCAACUCUAGCUUCGAAAUAUGGUGGAGGUGAUAUGCAAGAACCUUCUGAAGAGGAAUUCCAAGCUGCACAAAUGAAGCUGGGGAGUGGAAGAUCCUCCAAAAAAGCAAAGCAAUCAAAGCGGAAGUAAAAAUGAUAGAAUUGUGUACAGUAAACUUGUUUCUGUGAGCUAACAUUUGUUUCUGUUGUCAAUCAUUAAUGUUUUUUUUUCUGCGCUGAACUACUAGCUUGUGCUUUUUACUGUGUAAGGUAAUGUGGCUUGUUAUUUUCAAAACUGGAACACAACUUUUACUUGUGACAGAGAGUGAUGGUCCCUUUUGUUAUCAAUAUGGUAUGGAUAUUUAUUAUUGUCGA